GUGCAUGUGUCUCUAUAUAUCACCAUCCCAUACAUCAAUGUCUCGUUCAAUGAAGUGAAACGGUCAGGAUUAUCCUGAAGAGCGGAUGAUGAAGAAGCUUCUUCUGCAGUUCUGAAAUCAACGAUAAUAAAGAUAAAUCUCUCAAGUGCGAUCCAUGUCCAGCCUAUUCCUACCUAACUGGCGUAAUCGAGAGUCGGUAAGACAAUAAAGGGAACGUUCAAAAGUAGAGGGGACGACUGCACAGCUUCUGGAGAGAAAAGAAAUUACAAAACAGGACGUAGGUGGGAAUCCCAAUAGAAGGCGAGGGGAGGGAGAUGAGAGGAGCUGAGAUGAAUUAAAACAAGAGGACAGCGAAAGAAAACCUGAAAACAGCCUCCCUGUGUCAGCAGCUCAAGCUGACAAUAAGCACAUCCGCCAACGAGCAGCAGCGAUCGAAAUGGCCAUUUCCACAGCUCGAAGCUCAGCCAAGUGAAGAAACUCCAGUAAAUGUGCAAGUCCCUCGAUUUAAUCAAGGUGCUUAGACCAGGAACAAGGAAAUGUCGAUGAACACACGAAGCAGUUGAUCAUUCGGCUGGCCAGGAAUGCUAUAAAAGGCUGGAAUGGUUCAUAGGAUAUUGUGCCUGAAGACUUACAGAUUGAUAGCAGCAAGCAACAUUUCUUGCCACUUCAGCAGACUCGCUAGUAUGGGGCAAAAUGUCGUUUCAUUUCGCAUGUCUACUCGGGAGAUCAUAAAGCACUGCAAAAAUAAGAAGACAUAAGCACCAGUGCAAAAAUUACAACUUCAAACACGUUGUUUAACUUUUUGAAUGAGCUUUUUAACAUUUUAAAAUUAAAUUCCUAGGUUUUGGCAAAUGUGAUGUAAUUGAAUUGUGUUACUUAUAACUUGUGAUAUGUUGAUAUUCAUCAGGCACUUGAAGUAUUUCACUUAGCCUGCCCACUAUGCAUGUUUACUGCUGAUACAGAUUGUGAUUGCAUAAUGUUAUAUGGGAAUCUUACACCAUACGCUUUGGAUGUUAUUCAAUACUUUAGGUGUUGUUGGCCAAUGACAGCAUGUUACUGGACCAAUGACAAUCCAAACCUUGCAUGCUUUCCAUUUUCUCCCAUGAUGCAUUUACUUCCUUCAUAUCUCACGUUUUAACUGAUUCUUCCUAAUUAUGGACCACAUGUAUUUUUUAUAAACACUAGUUCUGAAUAUUUAUAAAUUCAGCAGCCCAAAAUGAAUCUUAAAGAUAAAAAUACAAAUAAUAUCACUGUUACUUUGGAUAAUGGCAACAACACUACCAUAUAUGGACUAGGUCUCCCUUCUUGGGAUGACUAUAAUGGAAGUAUCCAUGAUAUAAGAUAUUUACUGGUUGGAAUCUAUACAUUUAUUACUGUUCUAGGGCUUCUUGGCAACUUUUUUGUUGUAAUUGCACUGUGUAAAAACCUAAAACAGAAAUCAAUGAUUAACUUUCUGAUUGGGAAUUUAGCCUUAUCUGACAUUUUAAUUCUAUUGUUUUGUUCACCGUUUACACUGACUUAUGUUCUUCUAGACCAAUGGAUCUUUGGGGAGAUCAUGUGUUAUAUAGUACCGUUUGUUCAGUGUGUGUCCGUCAUGGUUUCUAUACUCAUGCUAAUGUCAAUUGCCAUGGUUAGGUAUCAUAUGAUAAACAAUCCAUUAUCCAAUCAUUUUACCAUAAAUACGGGAUAUUUGGUCAUGGGAACAGUGUGGAUUAUUGGAUUUACUAUUUGCUCACCAUUACCUAUCUUUCAUAAAAUCAUAGACCUAAGUGAAACUGUUCACUUAGACUCCUUAAAAGAUAAAUACUUAUGCAUUGAGUCAUGGCCAUCUGACUCUUACAGAAUUGCUUACACAUUGUCCUUGUUAAUCUUCCAAUAUAUUUUGCCCAUAAUUUGCCUAACAAUCAGCCAUGCUAGUGUUUGCAGAAAGGUAAGUGCCACUGUGCCCAGCAGACAAAGGAGAUCCGAGGAGAAUGAAAUGAUUAAUUUAACUAUACACCAGCCUGCUAACAAGCAGUUUCAAGCACAACAGGGCUGGAACCAUUCCUUUCUGAGAAAAUACAAGAAGAGAUACAGCAAGAAGUGUGCCAGCGUCAUGCCUGCCAUGGCCAAUGUCCACAAGAAUGGCCAGACUCAUCAUGAUCUCUUGGUAAUCCAUGGUUCAGAGAAUACGCAGCCUGUACCCACUUCCUUUCUACCAGGUGUACCUGUAUGUUUUGAACUGAAAGCAAUGGAACCUGAAGAGCAUGCCAAUUCACAUAAUGUUUCAGUGACACCAAAAUCCAUCACCAGGUUGAGGAAACGAUCACGCAUUGUUUUUUAUAAACUGACCUUAGUAAUUGUUGCUUUUACUGUCAGCUGGAUGCCUCUGCACAUUUUUCACCUUUUAACUGACUUCAACGCAAAUCUGAUUUCUAACAGGCACUUCAAGCUGGUAUAUUGCAUCUGUCACCUGCUGGGUUUGCUAUCCUGUUGCCUGAAUCCUGUACUGUAUGGAUUCUUGAACAAUGGUAUUAAAUCCAGUUUGCAAUCCUUGGUCAAAUGCUUUUGGGUAGAAUAAUACCUUUGGAGGGUAAUAUCAGACUUUGGCAGCAGACAAAAUAACUGAACAAGUUUAUCAAUCAAUAGUACAGCUUACAUCAGGUCACUAAAUUCUAUGUGCCAUUGUGAUCAAUAUCGGCUCCUGAGUCACUCUAAUUCAUUCCUUGAUGUUCUAUUCUGAAGGUGUUCUUAAAGAAGUUCACUACCUUACUUCUUGCUUACUGAAACCUCAAUAGAAAAUGAAGUAAAGGUUUCGUCUCCACAGUAUAGUGAUGGUAAACAGGAAAUAACAAUUGAAAAAAAUGCUAGUCCUAACUAUGUUCUGAAAAUACAUUGAUAUAGGAAAGGGGAAUUUUUAUUCACUGCUUCAAUCUCAUGGAUAUUUAUUGGCAUAAACGUAAACAUCUUUUGCAUGAUAUAUUCUUGUGCUUUGUGGGCUGUACAAAAUAGAUCAGUGUCCCAAUUUUAUUUAAAUCUCUAAUGUUACCACAAAUCUUUUUCUAAAAGCAUAUUUUGAUUUCACGCUGUCUGAACCAAAGAGGAAUCACCAAUGCAGACAGUCAGCUUAGAUUCUACAUCCCAAGCCUUGAUACAUUAUCUUAACCUGAAGAGAAGCCACACAUUCAGACAGUAAUUAAUAUAUGUCCCUUGUCCUUAGUUUACCAUCUAUAUCCCUUGUCCUUAGUUUACCAUCAGAUACAAUGGCCUCAACCAUGUUCUUAAAUUGAUAUUUUGCAAAUUAAAGCUCCCACAAGAAUUAAUGACUUGAAAAAUAUCUUGUAUACACCAUCUAAAUAAUGUUUUAUAUGCUGUUGAAAUGUUCUGUGUAUUACUUGUAAUGUACUCAUUUAAUAUUAACUUUUAAAAUGAGUACUGUAUCAAAAUCCAUUCAGGAAGAAAUUUUGUUUAUGUUUGUAUAAAGAUCCACAGUGUUGGUAGAAAUUACAUUGAAAUGUAUCAUCACCUCAGUUGUAAGUGAUAGAAUUCUGAUAAAAAUGAUAGCUUGCUCUUUGCUUUUUACACAGUUCAAUGAGAAUAAGAAAUGAGAAAUGAUUUGUUGUUGAUGUUUUUAUCCCACCGAUCUUACACAAUCAGUGAUGACUUCAUCUCUCUUCUGUCAAAUGCCUGUGAAGGAGAAAAAUAGUUUCAGUUGAAUUUCAUUUUGAAUAACUGUGUAACUGCUUUUUUUGAACAACUGGAGUUAGCUUUCUGGACUGCCAGUUUUAAGCAGCCAUUCAGAAGAGAUAUUUUUAUUAAAACCAGUCACAAUGGCAUGUAACACCUCAGCAACUCAUCCAUAGGAGUGUUAAGAUUGUAAAUUUCACAUUCAAAACUGUCAUGUGGCUUAGUUCUGACUGUGAAAUAAUAUAUAGAGCAAAAUAAUGUAAUAAUGUAUUGAACUGGAGCAGGCUACAAUAAAUAUAUAAUUACUAAAAUUUGAAAAUAUUAAACAAAAUAAGAACAGAAUGAUACAUUCAGAAUAUUAUAUCCUUUUGUAUUUCUGUGGGCAUCACAGCUGCAACUGACACCUGCAUGUAUUUGUUUAAUAAAUAUGGAAUUCAUGACUUAA